CGGGAUCACUCGUGUUUGCACAUGUAUGUGAGCUUGCCGCAUGACUUCCUGCCCUCACAGUCGAUAAACCGCCCAUGGAAACCCACCUCCCAACUUUUCUUUCGCAACGCUCUGCUGGUUGUGACAUGAACUCUACUCAGUCCAUGGAUGCUACAUACCGCCCGGAGUAGGUAGCCCUUGCUCACACCCAUGCCGUUAGAAUUGUGGUCACCAGGACCCCCGUCAGCCUUGUCGAGUUCCUGCUUUGGCUCCCGUUCGGCCAAGUCGUUGACCGAUACGCGCCGACGCAUCCGACGGCGCGCCCCUUAUCACUCCCACCAGAGAUAGUCGGCCAUGGCUUCGACAUCCUUUCGAGACUCGAUUAACUCACUUGGCUGGUCGCGUCGCGACGCAGACCUUCCGGUGAACACGUCUCGACAAGGGGGCUUCCUCUCAUCCCUGCAGUCUCUGAACCCCUUUGGCGAUCGUGGCUAUGUGCGGCUCCCGACGACCGAAGGUGCAGGAGCUCCUUUACCGGCGCCUAGCCGUCGUGAAGAGGAAGACGCGUGGUUUGCUUUGAGUCGGUGGGAUCGUCUGCUGAUCUUUGGUGCCUGCAACCUCGGGGCGCUUGCCUGCUUCGUUAUCUGCUUCGCCCUCUUCCCAGUCAUUUCUCUGGGGAGACCGCGCAAACUAGUCGUUUUAUGGACGCUGGGCUCGAUGUUAUUCCUGUCGUCCUUUGCUGCUAUCAUGGGCCCCUGGGCAUACUUGCAACACUUGGCCUCGACGCCACGCUUGCCUUUUACAGCGGCCUACUUUGGGUCUCUUGGUUUGACACUGUAUUUCUCCAUCGGCGUAAGUCAAACCUUGCACCCGAAAGACAGGAACUUGGACACUGAAGCCUCCUUUAGUUGCAAAGCACAAUCCUAACGUU